AUGAAGCCCAGCUCCAUCCUCACUCUGAUCGCUCUGGAAGCCCAGGCCACCUUUGCCCUGCCGGCCGAGCCGGCCGAGAACGAGACCCCUAACGACGUCGGCGUCGUUAUGGCUGAAGGCGAAAUCGACGCCGCGGCAGUCUGCUACGACAACGCUUGCCUUCAGGGCAUCGGCAAGUGCAAUAGCAUCUGCCGCAGUCGAUGUGGAUGCGGGUCUGGUCGCUGCGGUGGGUGGACAGGCCUAACCUGUAUCUGCUCAGGGGUAAGUCAACAUGUGCUAUUCUCUGGCCAAAGGGGCACAUCAAAACAACUCAAUGCUAAAAAAAGAAAUUUAGUGCUGAAUGAUUCCUUUGUAUCGAUGGCGUUUGUUAUUGAACUUGGGAACUUUGAGUAUCUCGGAACGAAGAAGUUCAGACAAGUCACCCAGCCAAGGCAAUGA